CAUUACAAGUGAACUAUGCUUAAGACGACAGCAAUUAUCGUAAGACUUGUGGAUCAGUUGCCAUCAAAUACGAGAUGUGUUUAUCACUCAUCAAUAAUCUGUGGCAAAGUGUUGACACAAUAUAACACAAAAUGUGUUAACUAUUACUCCUCUUAUAAGUCGAGAGACAAAUACAAUAAUAAUGAAAGUUAUGAUAACAACAAGUUUUGCCACAAAAGUAAUGCUAUUUUGGCCACAAUUGCAUCGACAAUGGGUUUCCUAUGGAUUAACUAUAAGAAUAAAUAUUCAGUCAAUGCUAAAGAAAUUAAAAAUGAAUCCAAUGAAGAGUUUGCAGAAUUUGGUCGCGAAAUCAAAGGUUUGGAAAGUUAUACAAAAGAAGAAGUGGCAAAACAUAAUGAAGUUUCCAAAAGAGUUUGGGUUUCAUUCAGGAGUGGUGUCUAUGAUAUCACUGAAUUUGUUGGCCAACAUCCGGGCGGCGAUAAAAUUUUGAUGGCUUCGGGCGGGGCUUUGGAACCGUUUUGGACAUUAUUUGCGGUCCAUAAGACACAAGAAGUGUUUACUAUAUUAGAAAAGUAUAGAAUCGGUAAUUUGGAUGCAAAAGACAGAACCGUUGAUAAGGACACUGACGACCCCUACGCUAACGAUCCUCAACGACAUCCAGUGCUAACCGCAAGAUCCGAAAAGCCAUUCAAUGCUGAACCACCUCAAGAACUACUCRUUGAAAAUUUUUUAACUCCAAAAGAAAUAUUUUUUGUCAGAAAUCAUUUACCAGUUCCUGAAAUCGAUGUCAAUAACUAUACGCUAGAGAUUGAAGGUUUUGGUCUCAAAGACCCAAAGACAUUGACUUUAGAAGAUAUUAAAACUAAAUUUCCAAAAUAUUCUGUAAUAUCUACCAUACAAUGUGCUGGCAAUAGACGCGAUGAGAUGAAUAAAAUUAAACAAGUGAAGGGUCUGUCCUGGGGUUCGGCCGCAAUCAGUAACGCUAAGUGGAGUGGUGCCCGACUUGUCGAUGUCCUCGAAUAUUGUGGUCUUGAUUUUGGUGAUCAAAAUAUAAAACACAUUCAGUUUGAAGGACUCGACUUCGAUGUCUCGUCUAAUCCGUACGGCGCUAGUGUUGAAGCAUUAAAAGCAUUGAAUCCAAAUUAUGACUUUUUGAUCGCUUAUGAGAUGAAUGGUGAAGAUAUACCACUGGAUCACGGAUACCCUUUAAGACUGAUAGCACCGGGCAUUGUAGGCGCACGUAAUGUCAAAUGGUUGGCACGUAUUGUGUUGAGUAAUGAAGAAAGUCAUAGUCAUUGGCAACGAAACGAUUAUAAGAGUUUCUCACCAAAUGUCGACUGGCAUAACGUGGACUUUACUAGCGCGCCAUCGAUUCAAGAGUUACCGGUGCAGUCAGCUAUUUGUGAGCCUCGGGAGGGACAGACUAUAGAAAUUGAUWGCAAUCGGAAUAUUAGUUUAAGUGGGUAUUCAUGGAGUGGUGGCGGUAGGAAAGUGAUACGUGUGGACGUGUCGGCUGAUAAUGGACUCAAUUGGGUGACAGCGCAACUACAACAAGAAGAAAGUCCACUAAAUCGAACCUAUUCUUGGACUCUUUGGAAGGCUAAGAUUCCGGUGCCUAAUGAAUGCAAAUCUGGUGAUAAGGUUGAGCUCAUCUGUCGGGCGCACGACUCGUCAUACAAUACACAACCUGAAGAUGUAAGACAUCUCUGGAAUUUGAGAGGAGUUUUAAACAACUCAUGGCAUAGAAUUCAUGUUUAUAUUAAAUAA